AUGGAACUCUCCACGCACUCCAAGGAUUCGGAAUCCGGGGCAGUGUGUAUUGAAACACAAGAACCCACUCAACAAGACAAUCUCAUCUGGGAGGACCCACGAGUCAAAGCUAUUAAGAGAAAAGUCGAUAUUCGGCUAAGUCUGGUACUUGCGUUGAUGUACAUUGUGAAUCAGAUURAUCGGACCAAUCUGCCAAAUGCUGUGAUUGCAGGCAUGGACGACGACCUGGGACUGGGGGGUAAUAAUCGCUACACAAUCAUCGUCCUGGUCUUCUUCCCUACAUAUGUAUUAUUCCAGCCCAUCGCCACAGUUCUGACCCGCAAACUCGGUCCUCGCCCAUUCCUAGCUGGUAUCACAGUGGGAUUCGGUCUGGUAGUUCUGGGAUUUGGAUUUGUCAAAGACUGGACUGUUCUGGUGGGUCUGCGAGUGCUACUCGGUGCAUUCGAGGCAUGUUUCUUUCCGUCCGCGCUGUUCUUGGUGAGUAUGUGGUAUGUGCGUCGCGAGGUCGCCAAGCGUAAUGCUUUCUUCUACUUGGUUGGGAACAGCGUUGGAGGCUUCGGUGGCGUGCUCGCGUAUGGUCUGCAGCAGAUGGACGGGACGGCGGGACUUGAAGGCUGGCGCUGGAUUUUCAUUUGGGAAGGCAUAAUUACAGCCAUCAUUGCAAUCGUGGGUUUCGUCUUCCUCAUUGACUUUCCCGAAGAUGCACACAAGACGAAAUUCUUCCUGAAGGAUUAUGAGAUUAGAAUCAUGGUCGAUCGGGUUGAGAGGGAUCGUGGAGAUGCUCACAUUACCCCUUUCAAUUUGAGGAAUUACCUGGCGCAAGGGAAAGACUGGAAGGUUUGGUGCUUUGCUCUGAACUUUGGCCUCUCUGCUGUUGUCACCUAUGCAGUGUCGUACUUCCUACCGAUCAUCCUUCGCGAUAGCCUGAAGUUCUCAGUGGUUCAGUCGCAGUGUCUCACUGCUCCAUGCUACGCCUUUUCUUUCCUCUUGGGUUUCUUCGAAGCCUACAUUUCUGACAAAUUCAACAUCAGGGGCCACAUCAUCGUCUUCAACUGUAUCCUGGAGAUCAUAGGUGUUGCAGUUCUUGGUUAUGCCGAGCAACCAUACGUUCGAUACUUUGGAGCCUUCCUCAUAACUGCCGGAGCGAACAGCAACGUCACGGCUUCGAUGACAUAUCAAGCAAACAACGUGGUUGGUCAGUGGCGACGAGCCUUCACAGCAGCUACGAUUGUUGCAAUGGGAGGUGUUGGAGGUGUGAUAGGUUCGGUGGCGUUCAGGCCGGAGGACGCACCGGGAUAUGGGCCAGGUCUGUACACUUGCUUUACCGCAGCAGCGGUGACAAUUGUGAGUGUCGCGGCUACGACUUGGUACAUGUGGAGGAAGAAUCAACAACAKGCGAGAGGGGAGGUGGUCAUAGAGGGUGUUCAUGGGUUUCGGUACACCUUGUGA